CUUUUUUUUUUUUUUUAAUAGUUCACGGAUCCUCGCUCUCCUUGGUUUCCAGCACGUCAUCGAUUUAUUCUACACCAGAAGAAAAGUGCCAGUCAGAGAUUCGCAAACUGCGGCGGGAGCUGGAUGCCUCCCAGGAAAAGGUUUCAGCUUUGACCACGCAGCUGACCGCAAACGCUCACCUGGUGGCCGCCUUUGAACAGAGUCUUGGAAACAUGACAAUCAGGCUCCAGAGUUUGACCAUGACAGCUGAGCAAAAGGAUUCAGAACUGAAUGAGUUAAGAAAAACCAUCGAGCUGCUGAAGAAACAGAACGCAGCCGCCCAGGCUGCCAUUAAUGGGGUCAUUAACACACCGGAGCUCAACUGCAAAGGAAGCGGUACCUCGCAGUCUACAGACCUCCGCAUCCGCAGACAGCACUCCUCUGAUAGUGUCUCCAGCAUCAACAGCACUACCAGCCACUCCAGCGUGGGCAGCAACAUGGAGAGUGACGCCAGGAAGAAGAAAAGAAAGAAUUGGGUCAAUGAGUUACGCAGCUCCUUCAAGCAAGCCUUCGGGAAGAAGAAGUCCCCCAAGUCUGCGUCCUCUCAUUCAGACAUCGAGGAGAUGACCGAUUCUUCAUUGCCUUCCUCACCAAAGCUACCACACAACGGUUCCACAGGUUCCACGCCACUGUUGAGGGGCUCUCACUCCAACUCCCUCAUUUCAGAGUGCAUUGAUAGUGAAGCCGAGACGGUCAUGCAGCUCCGAAAUGAGCUGCGAGACAAGGAGAUGAAGCUGACAGACAUCCGCCUAGAAGCCCUCAGCUCCGCACACCAGCUUGACCAGCUCCGGGAGGCCAUGAACAGGAUGCAGAGUGAAAUAGAGAAGCUGAAAGCUGAGAACGACCGGCUGAAGUCCGAGUCUCAAGGCAGUGGCUGCAGCCGGGCGCCCUCCCAGGUGUCCCUCUCGGCCUCCCCUAGGCAGUCCAUGGGCCUCUCCCAGCACAGCCUGAACCUCACGGAGUCAACCAGCCUGGACAUGUUGCUGGAUGACACUGGUGAAUGCUCGGCUCGGAAGGAAGGAGGCAGGCAUGUUAAGAUAGUUGUCAGCUUUCAGGAGGAAAUGAAGUGGAAGGAGGAUUCCAGACCACACCUCUUUCUUAUUGGCUGCAUUGGAGUUAGUGGCAAGACGAAGUGGGAUGUGCUCGAUGGGGUGGUUAGAAGACUGUUCAAAGAAUACAUCAUCCACGUCGACCCCGUGAGUCAGCUGGGGCUGAAUUCAGAUAGUGUUCUGGGCUACAGCAUUGGGGAAAUCAAGCGCAGCAACACCUCUGAGACCCCCGAGCUUCUUCCCUGUGGCUAUCUGGUCGGCGAGAACACGACCAUCUCUGUGACCGUCAAAGGGCUCGCGGAGAACAGCCUGGACUCCCUGGUGUUCGAGUCCCUGAUCCCCAAGCCCAUCCUGCAGCGCUACGUUUCCCUGCUGGUGGAGCACCGGCGGAUCAUCCUCUCCGGCCCCAGUGGCACGGGGAAAACCUACUUGGCCAACCGGCUGUCCGAGUACUUGGUGCUGCGGGAGGGACGGGAGCUGACGGAUGGUGUCAUCGCCACCUUCAACGUGGACCACAAGUCCAGCAAGGAAUUGCGCCAGUACCUGUCCAACCUUGCUGACCAGUGCACCAGCGAGAACAACGCUGUGGACAUGCCCCUCGUCAUCAUCCUCGACAACCUGCAUCACGUCAGCUCCCUGGGCGAGAUCUUCAAUGGGCUGCUCAACUGCAAGGACCAUAAAUGCCCUUACAUAAUCGGCACAAUGAACCAGGCUACCUCAUCUACUCCCAAUCUGCAGCUUCAUCACAACUUCAGGUGGGUGCUUUGUGCCAACCACACGGAGCCCGUGAAGGGCUUUCUCGGCCGGUUCCUGAGGCGGAAGCUCAUGGAAACAGAGAUCAGUGGGCGAGUGCGGAAUGUGGAGCUGGUAAAAAUCAUCGACUGGAUUCCCAAGGUCUGGCAUCACCUCAACCGCUUCCUGGAGGCUCACAGCUCCUCAGACGUCACCAUAGGCCCCCGGCUCUUCCUGUCAUGCCCCAUCGAUGUGGAUGGCUCCAGGGUGUGGUUCACCGACUUGUGGAACUACUCGAUUAUCCCCUAUCUCCUGGAAGCCGUCAGAGAAGGACUCCAGCUCUAUGGAAGGCGGGCCCCCUGGGAGGAUCCCGCCAAGUGGGUGAUGGACACCUACCCCUGGGCAGCCAGCCCACAGCAACACGAGUGGCCUCCCCUGCUGCAGCUCCGGCCUGAGGAUGUCGGCUUCGACGGCUACUCCAUGCCUCGGGAAGGGUCUGCGAGCAAGCAGAUGCCCCCCAGCGAUGCUGAAGGAGACCCACUGAUGAACAUGCUGAUGAGGCUGCAGGAGGCGGCCAACUACUCCAGCCCCCAGAGCUACGACAGCGACUCCAACAGCAACAGCCAUCACGACGACAUCCUGGACUCGUCCCUAGAGUCGACUCUGUGACAGGGGCCAGCCGUGGAGCCUGCCCGCCUCCCCCCUCCCUGCCCUGCCCCACCUGCGUGCCCCGCACCUUCCUGAGCCAGCCCCCCGGCCACGGCGCGAGAGCUGCAGGGAUACCCAGACCCCUCCUCCUCCAGCCUCGACCUGGGUGCGGGCCUCCCAGGCCAGCCGCCUUGGCACCGCUCCCUUCCACAGGGAGACCUGCACUACCUUCUUGUUUAUUUUCAUUAUCGUUUGCCUUGUUGCCGUGACCUCCCUAAGACACUGAAGGUACUUCUCGGGAAACGAUCGUCACCGUUGAAAUGAAAAGGUUCUAAAGAAAACAAACAAACCAAGAACCCGCUUGGAAGCUUCUGAAACCAAACAGCAUCCUGCGGCGAGCUACCCAGAGCGGAAGAGACUGGAGCCACGCUGGAAAUGCGGGCAACACAGCUUCCCCUCGGCAUAGAGCCUCGGGCCUGGGUCUUGCCGCCAGCAGCCUGCAUCUGCCUCCACGCCCCCGCGCCUCCCCCGCAGCCGGCCGCCCAGACAGCUGGUGCUAACGGGGCGGGCGCCGCUGGGUCCCACUCGGCUGACUGCGCAGCUACGACGCAGGGACACCGCAGGGAAACGCGAAGCGCGCUCGCUGUUUUGUUCUGCUUCUUAAAUGGUGCUCUCCUUCCCCGAGAGGUAUUUUUGCCUGUUCCCGUUCAGCCCCACCUUCCAGACCCGUCAGCCUCCAGUCGAUCCUGAGCGUGAGUGGAACGUGCGCGAGCGGAUGUGGCCACGAUGCAGACGGCCCGUGUCUACUUCCCCCUCCUGUCUCAAUGAAUCAGGUUUUUCUUUCUGCAAACACUGUGGACAGUGAGAAUUGGUCUGUUUUGGAGAACUGGUUACCCCCUUGCAAAUGAGGUUGAGUUUCCCCCCUUUUCUGACUCAUUGAUUUUGGAGAUUUUUUUCUUCCCCCCCGCCCCCCCGCCUUUGGUCAGAAUCAGUCCUUUGGUGAAAGAAAGAACUGCAGGAGUUGAGUUUCGGUUUGGUCCUGCUGAGUUCUGGUUGUUCAGUUGUCCAUCCUCACGGUUUUACACCUCGCCGCGCCCUGCUGGGGGGGGGGGGGCGGGGCGGGUCGCGUCCUUUCUAGUGGACCAGGACCCCAUCCUCCACGCGCGGGUGAGCGGGGACCUUGCCUUUCCUUCUCGUCCUCGAGGCUUCAGAACGCACAUCAACACCUCAGGCGUGCCAGCCCCAACCUCAGGUGGGAUGCUGAGGUCACCUCGCACAAGACUUGCACUUUCCUCAGAACCAACGUGACACAACUCCACAAGGGGCCGGAAUCCGCUCCCUUUCAGAAGCCCGGGUCCCCGUCCGGACGAGUCUUGCCUGACCUCUUUGGUGCUGACCUUCCCAAAGCGAUGCCUUACUGGUUUUGUACUAACCAUGUUCAUUUUACGAGUGUUGUGCCUGCCUGGGGUCCAUUAGUUUUUUUGUUUAUUUUCCCCAUCAGAGCAAAGAGGGCUAAAAAGUCAUCUACUCAUUAGGAGGACUCAAGUUGCUGUGACUUUUCUCAUCCAAAAGACUCAUUUGUGUGGAUGCGUGACCAUGGGUAAAAGGAAAAAGGAAAAAAAAAAGAUGCAUUUUUUUUUUUUUUUUUUUAGGUUCUUAUCAGUCUCCAGCUAACACUCUGCCUGGACAGUGAUCUGUCUGAUGCAGGAAAAGGCAAAAGUUGCUGCAAGUCCGCAAGGCAUUGCUGAUGCAUACCCUGCUAGGAUGUGUCUUCAACAUACUGGUAUUUCCUUUACAGAGAGUGCUAAAACUCUAAGUUGUUUGUUUCUGCUUUAUAAAGAGAAUCUUCAUCGGACCCCAGUGGGGGUGUCUCUGUUAACAAUCAGGGUUUUUAUUCCACCUUUCACAUUUCUAUUUCUGAAGGUCCAUCUCUGUACAUUUUUUUUUUCAUUCACUUACCACAAGAACUUGACCUGAAACUGCUCGCAUGACAUUGGAUGACACCAUUUUCUUCCUCCUUAGAGGAAAAGGAGAAAUGUGUCCCACUAGCUGGUGAAUGGACUAGCUCUCUGUGCUGUCCUUGCUUUCAUCUCCAUAAACUCAGACUCUCUUGCACGCAGCCUUCGUUAGCCAUCUGGAUGUGUGAGUGUGUCUUGUUCUGUUUUGUUUUUUCAUAAAAAUUUUAAACCAUGAAUUUAGCCUGUGACCACGGGCCACACCCUGAGCCUUCUGGUAAACCUGAAGACUGGUCCUUCUCAAUCUGUUUCCCAACGAUGACCUUACACGCUCAUACUGUGAAUUUGGGAGGAGGUAAAAUGGACUUCUCCUUGGGGGCAGUUUUCCCAGUCACCUUGUGAGUAGACACCUGCCAAUAUUGUUUGAAACCCCCCCCUUUUUUUUUAAUUGACACCUUUUCUGUCGUCUCCCCUCCUACAGACUUCCCUCCCACUGGGUCCAGGCUCAGAACCAAGACCUCUGUCCCUGGUACUGCCUAACUAGUGACCAGUGAUUUCAAGUAGUGUAGCCCUUGUGUGAUUCACAACUCCGUGUCCUUCCUAAAGUUUCGGGAAGCAGGGUUGUCUGAUGUGCACAUUUCUUAUUUCAGUCCUAUUUUACUUUAGUGUCACUCACCUUUGACAAAGUGACUUUGUACUCAUUUAGGGCUCUGUCCGAAAUGCUUCCAUUUUGCCUUUUUCUACAGUUAGGCUAAUUUUGAAAUGUAUGAAAUUCUAUGCAACAUUUAUGUUGAGUUACCAAUGGAAGCCAAAAGUCUUCCCAAACUGCCAAGAAUUAUACAGGCCAUAAAUGAGAUGGGAAUAUCUUUUAAUUUAAGUUUGGGGGUGGGGGAGGGGUGGGACAAGGAAUGAGACUUGCCUAGACCUUUGUUGUGUCUUGGGGACAUUUUUUAUUUCACUGUCGAUGCUUCAACUUCGAAAUUCUGUGUACUCAAAUUUGAUCGUGGCGAAUCUACUUCAAAAGGAAAAAAAAAUAAUCCAGCUUUGUGGAUAUUAAAUGGAAGGUUUGCUGUUUUAAUCUAGUUGUUUCCAGUGGAGCAGUUUAUGAAAUAUGUCCUAUAAGAUGUACAUUUUUUCAUUGUAACAUAGAAAUUGUAAAUAAUCGAUUAAAGUGCUGCAUUUUGAUGAAUUUUUUCUAGCCAUUUUUAAAGAGAAAACUAGGAAUUGAGUAUUUUGUGUACGGUAUGUUUCCUUCCUCCUUCCCUCCCACCCUCCCUAUUUAAUUUUCAUUUGUCAUGAGGUUUUUGGAUUUGCCAAUGAUCUACUGGAGAUCAUGCCCCACGUCAUAGAGAAUAAACCUGAUGAUUGUACCAGUCUUAAAUUAUUCAUGAUUCAAUAAAAUUGAUGCUUAUUUAUUCA